UCAUGUGACCUAGGAGACAGAUGUUACUUGUUGGUCAGUUCCAAUGCACAUGUAGCCUACCUUGUGCAGAGCCCUGCCCUGAGACCAGGUGCCCUGGAAAUCUUUACCCUGCGGUAAUUCCGCGUUCACCGCCGACAAAACACCUCCCUGUCUCAUCUGACUCUUGCCAAAACUUUUACAGCCUCCUCAAGUAGCGUAAGGAGCCUAAAUCUUUUUUUUUUUAAAGGUUCUGUUACUGUAGUAGCGCUAAUGGGAGAAAUGACGGAGCAGAAGAACUUGUCUGAAGUUAUAAAUCAGAUACUUAAAGAAGUGCCAGCUGCCAGGAGGGAUCUUAUUGAUAACCACAGUAACCUCCUCCGCGUCGCAGAUUACUGCGAGGACAAUUUUCUUCAGGCUGAGGAUUCCAGCAAGGCUGUUGAAGAAGCCAAGGGUUUGGCUGCCCAGGCGCUGGCUAACGUGGCCUACCAGAUCAACAGUCUGGCCAGCACCCUGCUGAGGCUGCUGGACUCACAGGCCAUGCAGAUCCGAGAUAUGGAGUCUUCUGUCAACCUGCUGUCACUGGCUGCAGCUAUCCACAUCGAGACCGUAGCCAGGAGACAAAUUGGUGCUUCUACUACUCCCAAAAACAGGAGCCGCACCAAUCCAAUGAGCCCACCGACUUCAGGCAAGGAGCCGGAGAGAAGCUACUUAAGAGAGCCGAUAUCAUUCUACAUCUUGGACUCCAUUGGACUCCGUUUUGGGGCCGCUGUGCAGCAGCCCGAGAAGAGACCGGACGCCACAGAGAGCAUCCACAACAGUGCUGACUUCUUGGUAUCCCGUUUUGGCAUCGCCGUGCCUCCGCCAUCGAUCCCCACCCUGCAAACCGUCUCCAACCCGGCCAACGACAGCCUGCCCCCCCCUUCUCCUCCUCCGGCCGAUUUGGACCCCUAUAUGCCCGCUCCUUCUCCU